CGGGGGUGCAGAAGUAAAAUCUGAGGCGUCGAAAGUAAAAUCUUCCCAAACUCUCACAUUCCCUAGUUUCAAAACCCUACUCAACUCACCUCCCUCAGAUUUCACAACCGUUCAAGCGCCGCCGCACCGUAACUCGACCUUCCUCCGUCGACAGCAACCAUGGCGACAAACUCCGCCACCGCCCCGCCCCGUCAACUCUCCCAGAAAGAAUCCGACAUCCAGUUGAUGCUGGCAGCGGACGUCCAUCUCGGCACCAAAAACUGCGACUUCCAAAUGGAACGCUACAUCUUCAAGCGCCGCAACGACGGUAUUUAUAUUAUAAACCUUGGAAAGACAUGGGAGAAGCUUCAACUUGCUGCUAGGGUUAUUGUUGCAAUUGAGAACCCUCAGGAUAUUAUUGUUCAAUCUGCUAGACCUUAUGGACAGAGAGCUGUUCUCAAAUUUGCUCAGUAUACUGGUGCUCAUGCCAUCGCUGGAAGACACACUCCUGGAACUUUUACUAAUCAGCUUCAAACUUCGUUCAGUGAGCCUCGGCUUCUUAUCCUCACUGAUCCAAGAACUGAUCACCAGCCAAUUAAAGAAGCAGCUCUUGGGAAUAUUCCCACAAUUGCUUUCUGUGACACUGAUUCUCCUAUGCGAUAUGUUGACAUUGGAAUUCCUGCCAACAACAAAGGGAAGCAUAGCAUAGGUUGUCUCUUUUGGCUUUUGGCUAGGAUGGUGUUGCAGAUGCGUGGUACAAUUCGCCCCGGUCUAAAAUGGGAUGUCAUGGUUGAUCUAUUCUUCUACAGAGAACCAGAGGAGGCUAAGCAGGAAGAGGAGGAUGAAGUUCCUGCUCCAGAUUAUGCCAUUGCUGACUUUAAUGCAACUGCUAACCCCAUUGAUGGUCAGUGGCCUGCUGCAAUCGAUCAGUCUUGGUCUGAUGCUGUUCCACAACCUAUUCCAGCAGUUCCUGCUGUCAACUGGACAGCCCCAGAAGCUGUUGCAGGGGACUGGGGUGAAGCUGUUCCACCACCACAAGAAACAUCUGCUCCCGGAGUUGAAACUAUCCAAGCAACCGGCUGGGAAUAAUCUAGUGGUUUUUGAUAUUAUAUUAUGGCAAUUUACUUUUACCCCUUUCCUUCCAUCCAAGUGACAGUGAUCCAGUUUUUUGGUAGCUAAAGAGAUCUUUCUUUCUUAUUUGGUAUGAGUGGCAGAAAUGUUCAUUAGCACCUGGGAUAUUUCUAUAAUUUUUAUUGUUAAUGCAGUUAUAAAUUUAUAA